GCCGGGCCCGUAUCUCUGUCACUGGCUGGUGCUGUCCGCUCUGGAGGCGGACUGCGCGGCGGUGGCCGAAACUGGCAGAGGUGGACGCCAGCGCCGGGCUUUGCUUGUUUCUACUUGAAGCUGUGAGUUCCUUUGGACAACUGAUGAUAUUUAUUAUUGUGCCCAGUUUCUACAAAUGAAAAAUGGGUGGAUUAUUUUCUCGAUGGAGGACGAAACCUUCAACUGUAGAGGUUCUGGAAAAUAUAGAUAAGGAAAUUCAAGCAUUGGAAGAAUUUAGGGAAAAAAAUCAGAGAUUACAAAAAUUAUGGGUUGGAAGAUUAAUUCUGUACUCUUCAGUCCUCUAUCUAUUUACAUGUUUAAUUGUAUACUUAUGGUAUCUUCCGGAUGAACUUACAGCAAGACUUGCCAUGACACUUCCAUUUUUUGCUUUCCCGUUAAUCAUCUGGAGUAUAAGAACAGUACUUAUUUUCUUCUUUUCCAAGAGAACAGAAAGAAAUAAUGAAGCGUUGGAUGAUUUAAAAUCCCAGAAGAAAAAAAUACUUGAAGAAGUCAUGGAAAAAGAAACUUAUAAAACAGCUAAAUUAAUUCUUGAAAGGUUUGAUCCAGAUUCAAAGAAAGCAAAGGAGUUUGAGCCACCAUCUGCUGGAGCAACUGUAACUCCAAGACCUGGACAAGAGAUUCGUCAGCGAACUGCCGCUCAAAGAAACCUUUCUCCAACACCAGCAGGCUCCAGCCAGGGCCCUCCUCCGCAAAUUCCAGUUUCUCCUGGACCACCAAAGGACACUUCAGCCCCUGGUGGACCCCCAGAAAGAACUGUUACUCCAGCCCUGUCAUCAAAUGUGUUACCAAGACGUUUUGGAUCCCCUGCUACUUCAGUGCCUGGAAUGGGUCUUCAUCCUCCUGGUCCACCUUUAGCAAGACCCAUUCUGCCUCGAGAACGAGGUGCUCUGGAUAGAAUUGUUGAAUAUUUAGUUGGUGACGGUCCACAGAACAGGUAUGCCCUUAUAUGUCAGCAGUGUUUUUCUCACAAUGGCAUGGCUUUGAAAGAAGAAUUUGAGUACAUUGCUUUUCGUUGUGCCUACUGUUUUUUCUUGAAUCCUGCUAGAAAAACCAGACCCCAGGCUCCAAGACUUCCAGAAUUUAGUUUUGAAAAGAGGCAGGCAUUGGAAGGCUCAAGUUCAGUUGGUUCCUUGCCCUCAGGAAAUGUAAUUUCAUCAGAGAACCAGAUCAAUGAAGAAUCUUUAGAAGAACAAGAUGUUCUAGAUAAUAGUACAGAACAGACAGAUGACAAAAUAGCAGAUACAGAGCAGACAAACCCAGUGAUUGAACAAGCAUCUGGCAUAGAGGAACCAGAGGAGAAACAAGAAGAGACCGAGAAUGAAGAAACCUCAAUGAGUGAAGACAAGUCCACAGUUCCCAGAGCUGAUGCUGUUCCUAAUCCUGAAUUAAGUGGAGAAUCUUUGACAAUGUAGUAAAUGCUUCCAUGUGCCUUCAACUGGAUAUUUGUAGUCUUGCUGAUGUCAGUUAUUGCUUUUUAAGGUAGUGCUUUCUUUUUUCUCGCCCCCUCAAAGACAUGUUUGGUAUCGUUUGAAUUUCAGAUUGCCUAGCUAUUUCAAUAUGUCAAAGUUAUGUCUACUGGGUGUUAAAAUUAAAAGCAAAUGGUGUCAGUAAAGUAAAAUCCUUUUAAAUGUACAGAAACCCACACUGCUUAGACAACGUUUAGGUAUUUUUUUCUGUUCUAAAAGUAAACAAAUAUAACAGAAGUUUUAUUUUCUACUUGUGACCUGUAAAUACAUUUGGCAUAGGAAGAACCUUGGUUAGGAAUAAGUUCUAAUAGCAUUUGUUUUAAGGAAUGAAACUCAAUUAAGAUUUUUAAUACUUCAUUAUUAAAAUGGAUAGAAUUUUAACUCUUGUGAUAUUUGCCGGGGGUAAAAUAUCUACUUAGGCAUUUACAUCAAGAGGUAUUGAAGUUAUUACAGUAACAAUAUAGGCAUUUGUGUGAAUUCUUGCAGUUGAACAGUCAAGUGCAGUGUUACUUUUGAUGUCUCUUAUUUUGCAGCUGGGCCAGAGGUACCUGAUGUAUAUAAUUAGCUUAUGUUUACAUAUUAACAUAUAGGAAAUAUCUCUGCACUUGACUGUACUUGAAUUUUGAACAUUAUUUGCAUUUGUAAAAUAAUGCUGAUAUUAUAAAUGAAUUUUGUGCUCUUAUGUGUAUUUUGUUAAGGAAAAUAAAGAUGAUCUGGCAGCAAUUUCUUUUUGUUAAAUAUCUAGACUACUUCAGACAAUAUCUUGGUAGAUGACUUAGGUACCUGAAAAGUCUUAGUAGGAAGAGCUCACAAUUCAGUAAAUCUAUAAAUUAUGCUGAGAAAAAAUUAUGAUCCUUUUAUUCAAAUUUGUUACCUUUCAAGUUCAGAGAAUUAGUGACAUUUAGAGGUUCUAAUCAGAGGUUAGAUUUUUCUGAUUCAGGAAAACCUUAGGCCAUUUGUAGUUUUUAAUUUUGAGAGACAUAGUUUUGUGAGAAUAGGCAGUUAAUUACUAGUAGUUCAUUGGAUUUAAUAUGUGUAUUAAAGACUAACUGGCAAUUUU